UCGGAGGCCGCAGCGGUGCCUGAGGGAGCUCGGCCGCCAUUUUGUGCCUCUCGCUCAGUCCGGGGCGGCCGCGCGCGUGCUGCGGCUCUGAGGGAGCGCUCCGUUCUCCUGCUGUGUAGGUCGGGGUGAGGCCGCCAUGGGCCGGAAGAAGAAGAAGCAGCUGAAGCCUUGGUGCUGGUAUUGUAAUAGAGAUUUUGAUGAUGAGAAAAUCCUUAUACAGCAUCAAAAAGCAAAGCACUUUAAAUGCCAUAUAUGUCAUAAGAAACUGUAUACAGGACCUGGUUUAGCUAUACAUUGCAUGCAGGUACAUAAAGAAACAAUAGAUGCUGUUCCAAAUGCUAUUCCUGGAAGAACAGACAUUGAACUGGAAAUCUAUGGAAUGGAAGGCAUUCCAGAAAAAGAUAUGGAGGAACGGAGGAGGUUACUUGAACAAAAAACUCAGGAGAGCCAGAAAAAGAAACAACAGGAUGAUUCUGAUGAGUAUGAAGAAGAUGAAUCUGCAGCUUCAACUUCGUUUCAACCCCAGCAAGUUCAGCCGCAACAGGGGUACAUUCCCCCAAUGGCACAGCCAGGUUUGCCUCCUGUGCCAGGUGCACCAGGGAUGCCUCCAGGUAUACCCCCAUUAAUGGCAGGUGUUCCACCUAUGAUGCCUGGAAUGCCUCCAGUUAUGCCUGGAAUGCCACCUGGGAUGAUGCCAAUGGGUGGAAUGAUGCCUCCUGGGCCAGGAAUCCCACCUCUUAUGCCUGGUAUGCCACCAGGGAUGCCACCGCCUGUUGGGCCUCGGCCUGGCAUGCCUCCAAUGACACAAGCACAGCCUGUUACAGCCCCGGGCAUUCUGAACCGGCCUCCAGCUCCUGCUGCAACAGCCCCGACUCCACAACCUCCAGUUACUAAACCACUGUUCCCAAGCGCGGGGCAGGCUGCAGCAGCUGUGCCAGGGCCAGUUGGUACUGAUUUCAAACCUUUGAAUUCUACACCCGCGACAACAACGGAACCCCCCAAACCAACAUUCCCUGCUUACACACAGUCCACAGCCUCAACCACUAGCACAACCAACAGCACUGCAGCUAAACCAGCUACGUCUAUCACAAGUAAGCCUGCUACCCUCACAACAACCAGUGCAACCAGUAAGUUGAUCCAUCCAGAUGAGGAUAUAUCACUGGAAGAGAGAAGGGCACAGUUGCCUAAAUACCAGCGCAAUCUUCCUCGGCCAGGCCAGGCUGCCCUGGGUACUCCACCGGUUGGACCAAUUGGAGGUAUGAUGCCACCACAGCCAGGAAUUCCUCCACAACAGCAAGGAAUGAGACCUCCCAUGCCACCUCAUGGUCAGUAUGGUGCUCAUCACCAGGGCAUGCCAGGAUAUCUUCCUGGAGCAAUGCCUCCAUAUGGUCAGGGACCUCCGAUGGUGCCCCCGUACCAGAGUGGACCUCCUCGCCCUCCGAUGGGAAUGAGACCUCCCGUCAUGUCGCAAGGUGGCCGCUACUGAUGCUCCUACUCACGCUCUAAUAGGUUUGGAGAUUAAACCUUUUCUCAUCUUGUGCUGUUAAUAUAGCCGAGCUUCCGUCAAUUAAGGCUUCAUUGUGACUUUUAAAAAAAUAAGUAUCUUCCCACAUGCAAGGAGCUAUUGGACAUUCUUAUUUUACAUGGGAAAAAUUAUUUGGAAUAAUAACAGGAACUUUUCCUGAUGUUGCAAUUUAUACUGUAUGGCUUCUUUUUCAUGUUUCAUCUAGGUUUUUAGAAGUGAAGUAUAGUAAAUAUGGUUCGUUAAAUUGUGAAGGCGCUGGAAUUACAUGAACAUACCACCUUAAAGGCAAGUUCUGUAACGUUAUGUUGCUAUUUGUGAAAUGAUGCCUUCACAGCACUUCAAGUGCUGUUGGACUUCAUGUCCCCAACAUAGUUUGGUGAGGGCUGUAACUGUUCCCAACUACUUGUACAUUAAAGUCCGAACUUGUAACAAUAUUUAAUGUAUUUAGAGUUCCUCCUGUUCCAGGGUUUAAGUAAACUGACCCACUAAGGUCAUGUGACUUUUCUGUACUGUUAUAAACUUCAUUGUAAUAAAAGAGGAGAAAAAUUUA